CAUUAAACCUGAUGGUCUUUUCAAUGGUCAUUAGGUUUCAGACAUUAAGGGACACUAUGCAUUGCACACCCUUUCACGCUUGGUCUUAUAACAGUGCCUGCUCUUUCGAGUCCAACUGUGCCGUGCAAGAUGGAGUAACUGGUUGUCAAUGUUUGCCAAUGCUGUGCUGUGGCCGAUGUGACGGUGGAACCUGUGGACAGACAUGUGAACUCUUAAGCAAUUUGGUUGUUUCAGGAAGUGAUGUAAACGGACAGUUGCGAAAUGUACUCUGGAAAUGUCGGUAGAGGUGAACUAAGUCAAUGUCGCGGCGUCCUUGUGACGAACUUUGCUAGGCAAGGUCAACGCACAUUCCAUAAGUGCUACGAAGCUACAACCAAGUUGGUCUAGUUUGUGGUGAUGAGAAUCAACGAUACAGAUGUUCGGUGCAAUCCAGCCUGAGGAUUUCCAUUCAUGGUGAUUAUGCAGCUAAUUGUCGCACCAACUUGAAUUUCUUUUGCAUUUGCUCCCACCCAGCACAUACCCUGGUAAAAUGGCAACGAAUUGCAAACCCCCUAUCACCCGAUCGUCUCAUCUUUCUCGAAGCUUCUCCCGGAAUUGCUCAACAAGUGAUGGCGAUUCGGACGACGAACAUGGUGAUGAGCCUAUUCUAGUGGUUUCGGCCGCAUGUCGACCAAGCAAGGAUGUUACAAAAUCGAACCUUCCUCUGACCCAGAAGAGGAAGCUUGUGCCCUACUAUGGAGUCCAUCGUGACAAAGAAUCGCUGGUGGAGGAAAUGGAGACAUUGAUAAGUGCGUUUCAAGAUCAGAAGUUCCACUUCGCAGCUCACAAGUCUCAUCACCAUGCUGUGCACAUGCUGAACAGGAGAUUAGAAGAACACAUUAGUUAUUUGGAGACCUCAGGAUUGGAAGCUCGUCGAAGCGGAACCCUGACGAUGUUGAAGUCUAGAUCAAAAGGGUAUAAAGCAAGGUUUGGCGACCUUCAGGUGACCGUUGCCGCUAACGUAGGUGAAUUGAAAACUUUAAGUGCAGAUUACCAAGUCUCGAGGACAAGAGAGGCAACCCUCGAGAGGGACGAGUUUGCCUUGGAAUGUAGAAGGUUGCAGAAAUGUGUUCGUACACUAAGGAGUUUAUACAAAAAAGUUCUACUCGAGAACAAGAUUUCUGUCUUCUCAAGGGAACAUAUUCCAGUGCUCGAAACAAAGCAUCAUCAACUCGAAGCUUCAGUAACUGAGAAACGCAAGAGCGUCGAUGGUUUGGAAAAGGAGUUGUCUAAGUGGAAUGCCAAAUCAUCUGCAGCCGAUCGUGCUCGAGAAUCAGAUGAUAAACGGUUCAAACGUCUGCAAUCUGACAACAAGUCCCUCAUGGAAGUGUUACUGACCGAGAAGCUGUCACGCCAGAAGGACACCAUCAGGCUGAACGAGUUAAAGUACCAAGUGAGAUUAGUGGAAAGAGCCUCCUCCUCCUCCCUUCCUGCCUACCACAACUAACUGUACAAAACAACAACAUGCCUGAGUGCAACCCCCCCCUUUUGUGUCUGUGUCUGUCUGUGUAUCUGUGUGGAUAGUCUGAUGAUCCUCACACCGCAUCCUCCAGUGAUGCAUGCUUGUCCAACUUCACUGCUUGUCAAAAGCCCCAUUCUGCACUCUGGGUCUGUGUACUUUUUGGUCUUUGUUGAUGUGUGUUUUGUCUGCGUUGCCGCGGUUCCGAUUCAAAUGGAGAGCGUUAGGGAUGGAUCUGAUCUCACCCUCGUCUAUAAAUUGAGUUCUACUCACUGACCUCAUUUCUAUCAGACUCACACAGUCAAACACGUGUGUGUGAGCUGGUAUGUGUAUUCCAAGGAAUCGAUAUGAACAGUGAAACAGGU